GAAGGGUAGAUGCGUGGACUCACCUAAUUUAAUAAUACUUUUUCACACUCAUUUAAAAGCUUGUGUGCCACCACAAUAUCAGUCUUACGUACUCUCAACAACACAAAAAACCUCCCUCAUUGUUAUGGCACCCAGAAAAGAUGGACCUACAAAGGAAACAAUGAAUAGAGGAGCAUGGACCCAAGAGGAAGAUCAAAAGCUAGCACAAUGCAUCCAAAUUCAUGGUGCCAAGAAAUGGAAAACUGUUGCAAACAAUUCAGGUUUGAAUAGGUGUGGAAAGAGUUGCAGGCUAAGAUGGUUGAACUAUCUUAGACCCAAUAUCAAGAGAGGGAACAUUUCAGAUGAAGAAGAGGAUUUGAUUAUUAGGCUUCACAAACUUCUUGGAAACAGGUGGUCUUUGAUAGCGGGAAGACUUCCAGGGCGAACAGACAAUGAAAUUAAGAACUAUUGGAAUUCUCAUUUGUGCAAAAAAGCCAGUCACAUAGAGGAAAAACCAGAAACUUCCACUGCACAAGAAACUAUAGCCCAAGACAAUGUUGUUGGGGAUAAUGCUAUGUUAGAGAAUAAAGAUUCAAUUAGUGGAAGUCUUGAUUCAGAUGUUAUCUUUAAUGUGAAUGAAUUCUUAGACUUUCCCACUGAAGAACCAUAUGUGUUUGAUUGGGUGAAUAAAUUCUUGGAAAUUGAAACAAACAACUGAUUGAGUAUUGUUGUAGAUGAGUAGCUCCAGUCCAGUGAAGUAUAAUGUUAUGUUGAGAGAGAAAGAGUUUUUCUAAUUCUAAGUGCAUUUUUGGAUUCAUAGUGAUUUAGUCGUAAUGUAUCAUUGUGAUUUCGACAAAAAAUUUACUUUACAGCUUCAACAAAAUCAUAUUGGAUUGUGAUAUCGGAAAAUUGGAAGAAGAAAAAAGACUAAAGUUUUCUUUUCACAAA